AUGCGCUGGCUACCAGCCCUCUUUUCUCUUUCCCUCCUCGCUGGGGGCUCUCUCGCUGCGAGAAAGUCAACUGAGGAUCGGUUCAACGAAUACCAUGCCAAAUCCCUGUCGUCGACACCCGUGAAGCUCGGGGAUGCAUCCUACAAGAAGCUAACCAGCGCUCCGAGGGACUACUCGGUUGCUGUUCUCCUGACAGCACUGGAGGCGCGGUUUGCGUGCCACCUCUGCACAGAAUUCCAGCCAGAAUGGGAGCUGCUGUCCAACAGCUGGACCAAGGGAGACAAGGCUGGCGAUUCACGACUUCUCUUCGGUACCUUGGACUUCUCCGAUGGCAGGGACAUCUUCCUCGGGCUCGGUUUACAAACUGCCCCGGUCCUCCUCCUCUUCAAGCCCACCGCUGGCCCUCACGCCUGGCCGUCUGCAGAGCCUAUUCGAUAUGACUUUACAAACGGACCUCAGACUGCCGAGCAGGUCCACCAGUGGCUGGCCCGCCACACGCCCGACCGCCCACACCCACCGGUCAAGCGGCCGAUUAACUUGUUCAAGUGGAUCGUCACACUUGUCGCAGGCUCCGGUAUUAUGACGGCAGCCUACCUCGUUUGGCCGUAUCUGCUGCCGAUAAUCCAGAGCCGAAACAUCUGGGCUGCUUCCAGUCUGAUCAUGAUCCUCCUCUUCACCAGCGGGCACAUGUUCAACCACAUCCGAAAAGUGCCAUAUGUUGCAGCCGAUGGCCGUGGUGGCAUCAGCUAUUUCGCGGGCGGCUUCCAGAACCAGUUCGGAUUGGAGACCCAGAUUAUUGCCGCCAUUUAUGGCAUUCUUUCCUUUGCCGCGAUAUCCUUGACUCUCAGGGCUCCUCGGAUCGUUGACGCGAAGGCGCAGCAGGUUGCUGUUUUGGCCUGGGUCGGCAUACUCUUCGUGGUGUACAGCUUCUUGCUAAGUGUUUUCCGCAUCAAGAACGGGGGCUACCCAUUCUCGCUGCCACCAUUCAUGUGA